AUGCCUUCUUCGGAAUUGACUUUAACAAACUCUUUGGAUCCAAUUAAUCCAAACGAGGCUUUGUAUCCCCCAUCUCUUACUGAAAGCCAAUCAAGUUCCCCGAAUUCGAAGUUGGAUUCAGAAGUGGGUUCGUCAUCUCACACUGACAUACGCAGGCGUCGAAUGGAUUCUCCAGAGCCAAAGGUCAAGACGAUAGAUCCUGAGCCAGAGGCUGCGUGCCCUAAAUCUGAUUCAUCUUUGAGGCUAGAUAGGAGUGAAAAAGACACCUCCGUGCCGAAUCAGGGAAAGAGUUUGAUUGGCAAAAAGGGGUAUAAAGCUCAGUUCUGCAAGCCACCACAUCAAAGGGGAAUGAAGUCGAAAUUCAAACUGGAUCAGAUCUCUGCAUUGGCCGACACGGAAGCUGCAUCUAAGGAUCAAGGAAACACUUCUAUAUCAAGGCAAACUUCGGUCGUAGUCCUAUGGGACAUCGAUAAUAAAAGAUAUUCUCCUUUUUGUGACGACGUGGUAACUUCGUUGAAGAAGUUCGCUGGGAAUUUUGGGGAGCUUAUUAAUAUAUCAGCUUUUGGUAGUCAUCUCACAUUCUAUGGAAUUGGUACAAAAUUGGUAGAGGCUGGCGUGCACAUUGAACGCGUGGGUACAGCACCCCAAGAAGCAGAUGCAGCUCUACAACGCUCGUGGAAGAAGUGGAAGAUGAAGCAGUUAGAGAAGGAACCUAGUUCUUUUGUUUGGUUAAUUUUGGUCUCGGAUGAUGCAGGGUUUCGGUACAUGUUGAGGUCAGGCAAGAGAAGUGGAUUUGGAGUUGUGAUUGUGAACGAAUUUUUCACUAAAUUGUCGUUGGAAGGUGAUUUGCGCAUGCCUUGGCCACAACUCAAAGCUGGAAACUAUAGUUUGGACGGCUUAGCCGACCAUAUCGUUGGCAUAUCGACCAUGGGUCGAAGAUGGAUAAGGGAGAAUAUGAAUACAACUGAUUCCGAAGAUGAAGAUCCAAUUGACAAAGUCAUACUAAAGCUUAAAAUUCAACUGAAGGCUAAAAACACCAUGAAAAGGGAAUUGUUGUUGAGAACAAUGCAAAAACGGUCGAUAUUGGAACAGCGCCUGAAGCGUACGAGUGAGAAAGAUUUGCGAACCUUGGAGAUUCUCGAAAAAGCACUACGGAAAUUGGAAGAUCCAUCUGGGCAUAAAAACAUGCGGGGAAUCGAUGGAAGUAUCUUGAAAUUGGAAACUGAAUUGAAUGCAAGGAUUGAAGCGAAGAAGACAAAGAGUUUAAUUCACGAAGUAACGCCUGGGGGGGAUACGUCUGAUGAAGAAUUUUUGAAAAAUCUGACUCAUGCAGAUUUCGUGAAGGGAUUGAUGAGAUUGGCGGAGAACUCGAGUUCAUCAAAGAUAGACCCAAGUUCGUAG